UCGCGUGCGUGUGCGCGAGUGCGUGUGCACGCUCGUGGAGCGCGACCCGCGCGCGCGUGUGCGUGUGUGAAUAUUUUGCCAUUCUUCUCGCCAACUAUCGUAUACACUAUUAUAUAGGUAUAUAAUAUUAUGUAUACGUUGCAUGCGUACUACCGCCGCCGUCGUCGCCGUCGUCGCCGUGCCAGUCAGCCGCCCGAGUACUGCGCUACUGCCCGAGCCCGACAAUCGUCUCGUGAAUUCGGCCAAGUGCACACGCGCGUCACUCUCUCACAGUCCGGGCCCCGUGUCUCGUCGUCGACCCCCACCCCCGCCCCCCCGAAAUAUCGUCAAAAAUUUGAGAUCGACGACGAUCGUAAUUUCACGGCGGGGCUGCAAGAACGCGGACGUCGAAUUCGCGAACGCGAAUAUAGACACUCCGAUUAUACCCAAAAUACCUAUACUACCCCCGGUCCCAUACUACACCUGCAGUCAUCAAACUAUCUGCCCGCCAACAAUAUUAAUAUAUUUGCACCCGAUCCGGCCACCUACCCUCUGCACAGAAUGACACCCACAAUACAAUGUUUUGAAGACCAAUCAAUGCAAAUGCCACCUGCUUCGGUUCUAUACAAUAAUUUAUUUUUUCAAGAAAAUCACCAGCAGCGGACAUCCGCAACCGAUAGAACGAACUCAAGGCCUGAUGUUCGAACUAACCAUCAAUGGACCCCUUGUCUAAGGAAUCGCAAUUCAACGUUUAGCAAUAAAAGAAAUACCUCCUACGCUUCAGCAUUAAAGCCGGAUGACAUGAAGAGAUUACUGCGACGGGAUAACGGAUCACCCUCAUCAUCGGACGUGGAGGCGGUGGCAGCGGUAACCGAAGAGCAAAUGAACGCCAUACGCAAGAGACAAGCCCUGUUGCUAGUUGCCAUCCAGACGAUGACGCUGUUUCACCACAACCAAAUAUUGGAGCACAAGUUGUCGGCAUUGCACCGGAAAGUGGUGCAGUUUCAGAACAGACAAAGGCAGAGGAACGUCAGAUCAGCCGCUGCUGAGGAAUAAUAGUUUGUCAUCACCGUACCUAUAUGAUGAGGAGGAAGAGAAGGAGAAAAAUGUCACUGCAGUCACAUCGAGCUGAUUUUUAGUCUAAUUUCGGUAAAACAGACAACACACACACACACACACAUACCACUCGCACAUAAGAUAAGGAAUUAUUGUAUAUAUAGGUCGAUUAUAUUAUAAUUUUAUUUAAUUAGGUAUUCAUUUAAAUGUUAUUAUUAUUAUUAGUAGUAGUAGGUUAGUAUAGGUAUUCGUUUAUAUUAUAAUUAUUAUAGUUUAUACCAUGCGACGGUGUUAACUGUUAGUAAAAAAACUGUUAGUACUGUAAGUAUUAAAUAUAAUUGUGGUCUAUAAUAAACUGUACAUAGGUAUAUUUAUGUUGUAGAAACAUCGGGUAGAGACAAAUAUCGUCCAACACUACUAUACGCGCGUACCAGUGAUAUUUAUAACGAACAAAUUACAUUUUAAUUGCUAAAUUAUUUUGUAUUACUAUUUAAUAAUCUAGACUGAACUAAAUGUGUAAUAAACCAAAUACCAAUGAGCAUUUAUAAGUUAGGAUAUUCUGAUAGGUGCAUCGCCGUCUUGGCCGUAGCUACUCCUGGGAUUUAAUCAUUAAAUUCCAAUUUUCAAUAUUGUAUAUGGUACCUACUACCUAUAUACUUAAUAUACGUCUUAUUCUUAAAUAAUUUUAAAUAAUAAAAGAAAAAAAUGGUUGUGAGUAUGGAAGUUACCUCGAAAGAUGUAAAAAUACAAAAAUGCAAAAAUACAUAGUUGUGGAAUUGUGUGAUCCAGAAAUACCAAGUAUAGUCCGUUUGUAUACUGUUCAAUCUAAAUGGACCUGAAGUUGUGUAACCCUCGUCGUUUUAUUUCUGUUGUCGCACGCUAUCAAUUUGUACUUUUAUUUUUUUAAAUGUUUGAUAAAAUAAUACCACAUUUUGAUAUUAUUUCUUGUUCAUUACGGUUUAGAUUGUUUUUAAAACUGAAUAAAUAACAUAUUAUAAAAAUAUAAACACAAGUCAGAGUGUACUCUUAUGUAUAUUGUUCUAAAUCUUUUGUUAAGACAAUUUAUUAUUUAUUAUAUAGUUUGGAAUUUAAAGAGAAAAAUUAUAAAAAGUAUAUUAUUAUGUAUAAUAAUAUUAUUAUUUAUUUAAGUAAAAAUUAAGAUGUACUUAGUAUAAUUAUGUGAAUAUUUUAAGAAAGACCUAAUUGAAUGUAUUUGUUUUUUUUUUUUUGCUUUAAAAUUGUAUUACACUUAUCAAUACAUACAAAAUUUACCAAAAAAAUAUGUUAUACCAAUAUGACCCACAGGAAAGUAAGAAUGACAAUCAAACCAAAUUGAAACAUACCACCAAAGAAAAAUGUAUAAUACAAUGACAACACUGAUAACUUAGACUUUAGACAAUCAUACCUACAUCAGUUUCCGACUUGCAUAUCAUCCAAAAUUAAGUUUGAAAUUGUUAUUCUCUUGUACGGAACUAAUUGACAAGUAUAAAAGGCUUGAUCGGGGGUUAUUAUAACAAUAAUGUAAAAAUGAUUAUUGUUUUAUUUAUAUUUUCAGAGCCUCACUAUAUUCGAUAUAAUUAAUAAGCUGUCAUAUAUAAGUGAACAAAUGGUAUCAUUGUAUAAUAUAUUAUAAUUUAUUUGA